AAAAAAUGCGAAUGGAAACCAUGAUAGAAACCCAGUUAUAUGUCAUCUUGGGUCAAAGGUCAGGGUUUAGUAUAAAAAAAAAUGAAACAUUGUAUAACUUCAUUUUGUCUCUGACAUGGACGAUAUGGUGGUAAAAACAGAAGUUGCUCUAGUCGAGCCAAAUCCAUGUCCACUUGAUGUCCAUUUGGUCAACUCCAAGAGGACAAACAAACCAUCCAGUGCAUUAGAUUUGGUGGACCUUGCCAGGGCAGUACAGAAAGCUGAUGAUUUCACCAAAGCUAAUGCCAGCAGUAAGCUAACAAUCAUUGUUGAUCAGAUUCGUUUUCUUCAAAAUCAAGCACGAAAGGUGUUAGAAGAUGCCAGACGAGACACUGCACUUCAUCAUGCAGCUUGUAACUUUGUCAAAAGGCCGGGGAGUAUGUACUUCUUGUAUGAGAGAGAGUCUGGACAAAGUUACCUCAGCAUGGUUUCACCCCAGGAGUGGGGUACCUCAUGUCCGCACACAUUUUUAGGAGCAUUCCGUCUGGAGUUUGACCAGUCAUGGACUCCAAUCUCAGAUGUACAGCGUAAAGAUGAAGAUCUUGCCAUAGUAGACAAAAUCUACAAUGCCCAACUGGCAAUAACCACUGGGCCUUUAACAGCAGAUAUUCUUAAUCCCAAGAAAAUCUCAAACUGUAUAGAAGACUCUUCUACUAAUUCUUAACACAAACUUAACUGUUAUGCCAUUAUGUACAUGUGACAUGAAAAUAAGUUAACACUUCAAAUAAACUUAAACAAACCGAGUUAAUUUUGUAUUUCAAAAGAGAUUAGAAUUAAUUGUUGGUACUUUCUAAGCAUAAAUUUUGUUGUGUGCAUAUCUAUUUAGGCCACAUUAGGACAUACAAUUUUAUAUCAAACCCUAUUAGACCAUUAGACAUAAUUACUCAUCAGAAAUACAUUUAUAGAACCAAAUGUAUUGCUAAAUUCAAAAUAAAGAUUUUUGCUCAGUUUCUGUUUUGUUACAAUAUUUAUGACAGCAACUGAACCAUAGUUUCAUUUCAAUUUUGUAAUAAAAGCAAUUUUUUUUUUAAUAUGCAUUGUUCAAACACAUGUAAAUAAAUAUUUUUUCAUUUUCUGUUACUGUGUACCAUAUUUAAAGUCAUCUGAUGAUAAUGAACUUUUGAAGGAACCACAGUUCUUAAGUAUUAUCUCUUGCACAUUGUAUUUUUAUUUUAAAGCUUAUUAAACUAACUUGAAUAGGCUUUAAGUCUGGUCAUAGUUUAUCAUCUUGUAAGCCCCUGGCUAGAAGCUCAGCUGUGUAUGUGUAGUUCAUAUUUAGGCUAAGUGUUUGGAGAGUAGCCCUUGGAACUUUAAACAAAUGGAAUCAUAUUUAAAUUGAUAUUAAAUUUGCUUAAGUACCUAAAUGAGCUGUUUGGACUUCACAACAAGAAAAAAUGGCUUUCUCCAGCAGAAUGUCAAUUUAAAAUCUGAAAGUUCUAACUAUGAAUGUAUUCACUCCUAAUGCCACCAGAUAUUUCAAAGAUUUGAAAAUCAAUGUAGAAGCCAUGAGCGAGUCUGUGUUUUGUAUGUACAAUCCCCUAGUGCUGCUCACUAAGAAUGCAUGAGUGACUGUCAGAAAGAUGUCACUGUUAUUUUUAUGAAGAUUUAUGUACAUUUUAACUUAUUUAUUCAGCCUAUAUUGCAGAGGGAUUAUAAAUAUACAUUUAUAUAUUGA